CGACUGCCUGCUCGGCUCAGAGGAGUUCUCCCUCACGUAUCGUUUGAAGGAAAACCGGCCUAGGGGAUGAUAUCAUGAUUAACUCGACUGUCGACAUUUUGAAAGGUCAAUAGUGACCGUGGAAAGGAGGGGACGUGUUUUUAACGACUGAAGAAAGCGUUUCCAAAGAGACACGCAGUAGGUACAUGUGCAGUCAGCGACAGCUAGGAGUGCAGUUCAGGGCACGAGCCAAAGGCACACACACCCACCAGCAGAGAGCAAGUCUGCAUUAUUCAACGGAUCCUCUUCUCUACGCUCCUCUGGGGUAUGGCGCACACACUCACAGCAGCUUACACACACACAGAAUCCAGCAGAUAAACUUCUAGAAAGGUCCUGUACUCGCACUUUUAGUCCCUUCAGCAGGCUGAAGUCAAGAGGUUCCCAUACAGCCGGGCCAGUGACUCACCCCCUCCGCACCUCUUUCUGAGCCAUUAUUGCCAUGGAGACCCCGAGCCAGAAACGCACCAGCCGUGGUGCUGCCUCCCCGACCCGCAUCAGCAGGCUGCAGGAGAAGGAAGACCUGUGCAACCUCAACGACCGGCUGGCUGUCUACAUCGACAAGGUGCGCUCACUGGAGUCUGAGAACGCCGGACUGCGAAUGCGCAUCACCGAGUCAGAGUCCACGAUCACCCGUGAUGUGUCGGGCAUAAAGGCGGCCUAUGAGGCAGAGCUGGCCGACGCCCGCAAGACCCUGGACCAGGUGGCCAAGGAGCGAGCCCGCAUGCAGCUGGAGCUGAGCAAGAUCAGGGAGGAGCAGAAGGAGCUUAAAGCCAGGAACAGUAAGAAGGAGUCUGACCUGGAGGCGGCGCUGGCCAGGCUGAGGGACCUGGAGGCCCUGCUGAACUCUAAAGAUGCUUCCCUCUCCACCGCCUUGGGAGAGAAGCGGACCCUGGAGGCUGAGGUCAAGGACCUCAAGGCCCAGCUGGCCAAGUUGGACGGGAGCUUAGCCGAUGCCAAGAGGCAGCUGCAGGAUGAGAUGCUGAGGAGAGUGGACGCCGAGAACCGCCUGCAGACCGUGAAGGAGGAACUGGAGUUCCAGAAGAACAUCUACGCCGAGGAGCUGCGUGAGUCCAAGCGUCGGCACGAGAUAAGCGUCGUGCAGAUAGACAGCGGGCGGCAGCAGGAGUUUGAGAGCAAGCUGGCCGAGGCCUUGAUCGAGAUGAGAGCCCAACAUGAGGAGCAGGUCCGCCUCUACAGGGAGGAGAUCGAGAAGACCUACAACUCUAAGCUGGAGAACGCUCGUCAUUCAGCUGACAGGAACAGCCACAUGGUGGGAGCUGCUCAUGAAGAGCUGCAGCAGACCCGUGUGCGAUUGGAGGGCAUGUCAGGCCAGCUCAGCCUGCUGCAGAAACAGCUGGCAGCAAGCGAGUCCAAGGUGCGGGAGCUGGAGGAGACCAUGUCAAGGGAGCGGGACAUGAGCCGGCGGCGGCUGGAGGAAAAAGAGCGGGAGAUGGCCGAUAUCCGAGCUCGGCUGAUGCUGCAGCUGGAGGAGUACCAGGAGCUGCUGGACAUCAAACUGGCUCUGGACAUGGAGAUUAACGCUUACAGGAAGCUGCUGGAGGGAGAGGAGGAGAGGCUGCGUCUGUCACCUGGCGGCACCACAAAGGUCACAGUGGCACGAACCUCAGGCUCGGCCCACAGCCACACCAGCCGCGUGGUCUCCGGCUCAGGCCACAGCCACAGCACCCGCGUGGUCAACUCCUCCAGCACUGGCACCCCCGCUGCAGUCACUGCCUCCAGCAGCCGCAACUCUUCCGGAACAGCCAGCACCAAGAAGCGGCGCCUCAAUGACAGCGAGAGCUCCAGCAUGGUGGGGAGCGCUGUGACCAAGACUCGCAUUAGUCAGAACGCCUCGGCCAGCGGCCGCAUCACAGUGGAUGAGGUUGACCUGGAGGGCAAGUUCGUCCGUCUCAGCAACAAGGCUGACGAGGACCAAUCUCUGAGCGGCUGGCAGGUGAAGAGACAAGUAGGUAAUGCCAGCGCCAUCGUCUACAAGUUUCCCAACAAGUUCACUCUGAAGGCUGGAGGAACAGUCACUAUCUGGGCUGAAUCUGGCAGUGGAACCCACAAACCGCCCACAGACCUGGUGUGGAAGAACCAGAUCUCCUGGGGCACCGGCGACCUCCUGCAGACCACCCUCAUUAAUGCCAACGGAGAGGAAAUGGCCAUGAGGAAAGUGACACGCACCCUGUUCCAUGAAGGUGAAGAUGAUGACAUGGGAGCUCACAGCACGAGCGGUGCAGAUAAUGAGUACAACCUGCGUAGCCGCACAGUGAUCUGCGACUCCUGUGGGCAGACGCAGGACCGCUCGGGUGUUUGCAGCAGCGGGGGUCUACCUGAAGGCCUCAUGGGACAUUCCUUUUUCAUGGGGACCAACGAGCCCAGACAGGGUCGGGCUAAGCCGGAGAACUGCUCCGUCAUGUAAAAACCAGACAGCACCUCACCUGAACCCACCACCUCCUGCAACCCACAAAGAAGAAACCUAAUGUUCUACUGUUGGGUUGUUUGUCUUUAUUUUGUUUUGUUUUUAUAUGGUCCUCUUUUGUAUUCAGAUUAAUCUGCAGGUUAGAAUUGCUUUGAGGUUUUUGGGCUAAGGGCAAAGGAUUUUCAUAUUCAGCUUUUGAAUUUGUGUAUUCAAGUUAUAUUAUUGCAUGUGUGCUGUGCUAAUGCUCGUCCUGCUUUUCUUGCACAUUUUCUCCACACACACACAGCUCUAUUGACCAGUGCUUGUGGUUUGAUCCGAGCCGGGGUUUCACAUUUAAUGGCCAUGCUGUCAUCACUCAACACGCACAGCUAGUGAACCCUGUCAGGAAUAAGUCUCUACACAGCACAGACGACAGGAAGAGGAAUCCUGUGGGGUUUGUUUAUCAUGUUUAACGCCCAUCAGAUUGAUCCAAUCUUCACUUUGGUGAUGUUUACAUUUGAAAUGUGGACAGAAUAAUAUGUAUGUGCUAAAGAGAAAAUACAUUUCAUUUAGUUUUUGUUUUGAUAAACUAUGUUGGAAGCUCAGGGUGUUCAGCAGCAGUUUUUUUUUUUUUUUUUUUUCUUUAGUCUUAGAUAAACUUUUAUUACGUUUUCUAUGUGGCUUUACAGUAGAUCAUACAGUUGGGCUGCUAUGGUGCAUACAGGGAAAAUAGUUAUUUAAAAUAAAUAUAUUUUUCUGCAAUUCACAGCUGGACCCCAGCGAGAUGUAUUUGGUAAGGCGUUUGAACAUGUGGGGAAAUAAGGAAUUAAAUUACAAUUAUUGUUUGCUGGAUAAAUGUGCAUCUCAGUUUGGUGCACAUUUAAAUAUGUUGUCCCAUUAGGUAACUCCAAAGAUGUUUUGACAAGAUAGAAGGAAAAAGUCGGAUUUGUUUCUUACCAGGGGGAAAUACCAGGAAUAGGUACUAUGUUUUGAGUCUUUACUGGUGCCAUAUAUACAGUAUAUAUUUGUAGGAUGUUUCAGGUUAUUGAACCAAAUGAACAUUAUUCUACUAGAAAGAUGCCAUUUUCAGAGUGCAACAGUAGUUUUUGGAAACAUUUAAGAAAGCUUUUUUUUUUUUUUUUUUACAGAUUAAAUAAAACAAAAAGUGCCUUUUAGGACCGAAAAAGCAAUCACUGUACUUUGGGCACAUGCCUCGUAUAACAGUCUUGUGACUGUCAGCUGUCUGAUUUGUGUUGCUCCUAAAAACUGGUCAUAAGGGCUUUGUUUCCCUUUCUUCUUAAGAUUACUGGCUUUACUAAUCCCCAGGCAUGAUUUGGGGGAUCUAAGUAGGAUUGUGUGGUUUCUAUACUUUUUGACUUUGGCUUCAUGCUUUUAUUAAGGGGCUCGCUAAAUAUGCACAGCAGGUAGACUUGUACUGUAGUCUGGCAGCUUAAGUCAUUUAUACUCCCGCAAAAAAGCAUAUCAAAGAAUUUAUGGAAAAUACUUGAUAGCUAUUUUGGAUUAUAUUUUCUUUGUAUUGUACUUUAUUCUUGUGUGCUAUAUUGAUAUAUAUAUAUUUUUUUGGCUUGGCUUAAGUGGUAGUCGGAUUUUUACACUAUGAUCCCCAAAGUGCCUUUAAAAAGUCCAUGGCAAUCUU